AUGACUUCUCCCAAUGUCUCUGCAUUUCACCCUUCUUCCUUCCUACUGCUGGGGAUUCCAGGAUUAGAAGCUGCACAGCGCUGGCUUGGCUUUCCCUUCUGCGUCUUGUAUCUGAUUGCUCUUGUUGGAAACUUCACCAUUCUGUUUGUGAUUUGGACUGAUCAUAGCCUCCACCAACCCAUGUUCUACUUUCUGGCCAUGCUGUCUGCGGUCGACCUGAGCCUCUCCACCGCUACUAUCCCCAAGAUGCUGGGGAUCUUCUGGUUCAGCCUGCGGGAGCUGUGCUUUGGGUGCUGUGUCGCUCAAGUCUUUUUCAUUCACUUUUUCACGGUCAUGGAAAGCAUCGUCCUUCUUGCCAUGGGCUUUGACCGCUACGUGGCUAUUUGCAACCCUCUCCGGUACACCAUGAUCCUCACCAACAGAAUCAUUGGUGUGAUCGCUGUGGUGGUGGUGGUGAGAAGCCUCUGCAUGAUCGUUCCCAUCGUCUUUCUCCUCCUAAGGCUGCCUUACUGCGGACAUCGAAUUAUCCCUCACACCUAUUGUGAGCACAUGGGCGUGGCAAGACUGGCUUGUGCCAGCAUCCGUGCCAAUGUCUACUUCGGCCUUGGGAAUAUUUCUAUUUUGUUUCUGGAUAUUCUUCUUAUCAUCGUUUCCUAUGCUAAGAUUUUGUGCACUGUUUUCCACCUUCCUUCCCAGGAUGCCCGCCUGAAAGCUCUUGAUACAUGUAGCUCCCAUAUCUGUGUCAUUUGCUUCUUCGGUCCAGCUCUUUUCUCUUUCCUCACUCAUAGGUUUGGUCAUAAUAUCCCUCAGUAUAUCCAUAUCCUUCUGGCUAAUCUCUAUGUAGUGGUCCCUCCUGCUCUCAACCCAGUCAUUUAUGGCAUCAGGACCAAGCAGAUACAGCAGCAGGUGAGGAGUCUGUUUGCUAAAAAACCCUAA